AUGAAUUGUCCCUUAUCAGCAAAUUUGUUAGCAAACGGUAAAUAUUGCACUGGAACAUUGCGUACAAACCGCAAGCACUUACCAGAUGCAGUGAAAGAAGCCAAACUGGGGAAAGGGGAGACGCUUGAGCGAUAUGCUGAUGGAGUGAUGGUAGCAAAGUGGCGGGACAAGCGCACAGUAACAUACAUGUCAACUGAGUUUGAGAAUGUACUGGUCACUUCCAACAACAGACACAAUGUCGCUCCCGUGAAACCGCUACCUAUUGUCCAAUACAAUGCCCAUAUGAAGGGUGUAGAUUGGCAGAACCAAAUGUUAGCCUACUACCCUUGUGAACAUAAAAGCCUGAGGUGGUAUAAAAAGAUAUUUGUUCAUGUUAUAGAAAUGAUGUUGAUCAAUGCUUUCAAGCUGCAUCAGUUGGCCAACCCCAGGUCCAAUAAACCCCUUUACAACUUCAGACUUUAA